UUGCCCCAGGGGAAAGGAAAACAAAAGGCGAGAGCUUCCUCCGCUAGUCCGCUGCGAAGGGAAGGAAGGAGAUAGCAGGGGCACGAGCGCAGCCAAAGCCAUGGAUGCUUCAGGUGUCAACCCGAGGCUGCUGGCGCUCAUCGAGGAGGAGAAGAGGAAGGUCAUAGCAAACGAGAUCAUAGCAAAGCUGACUGACACUUGCUGGGACAAAUGCAUCACCGGAAGCAUUGGGAGCAGCUUCAGCAACAGCGAAGUGUCUUGCCUGUCCAACUGCGCAGCACGCUUUGCGGAACUUAAGAUGCACAUCAUGCAACAGUUUCAAAAGCGAUAAGCCAUAGCUAGAUUUAGAAUAGGUCUUCCACUGUGCCGGAACUCAGAGUCUACUAGAGCUGAUGAUAUAAACCGGAGCCAGGCGUCCCUUGCCAGAACAUGAAUAAUUUUGUUAUGCCUUUAGCUGCUGGAUUAUCUUUAGUGAAAUGAUCCGACAGAGAUUGAUUCUAUUGCUAUGUCUUUUGCUGCGGCAAGGUUAUUGAAUAAAAUGUGAUCUUGAGGUGAAAUGAGUUGGUCAUGUUGCA